AUGACAACCGUUUCCGCUGAACGCUUGACCGUUUUUGACCGUUUCACCCACUCACAACCUACUCCCCACCCGCGCCUUUCCUGCCGUCCCCCCUUCGCAGUGCCCGUGAAAUCAGCCAACCCGUUACAGGACGGGCUGGAAAAGCUUACAGCGGGGCUGCGGAGCAACAAGUAUCAUUACGCGGGUUUUCAGGCGAAGCUGAGGCAGCACCAAAUGAACCGGUUGCGAAACGACGCGAAAACAUUCGUGAAAAGACAAGCCGCCCACAAAAUGGCCCUUUACAUUGGCUUGUACACGACCAUAAUAUGUGUCAUGAGGGGGAGAGACUCCAAGGGGAACAAAAUUGGGCAGGAUAGGGCCUUUGGCUUUUACUUCAUCCUCGUUUAUAAGAGGAACGACGGUGAUUUUGACGCUCAUUAUGGUGGCUUUGUGAAGGUUAGAGAACCUGGGUAUCCCAUAGCAGCUGUUAUCAACACAGGCUAUGAGGGAGAGGACGGUCCCUGCGGUCGGGCCCCCCUCCCCUUCCACCCCCCUCCCUCCCCCACCCCCCCUCUCCCUCCUCUUCCCCCUCUUCCCCGACCCCCUCCCCUCACUUAG